AUGGCCACCAUCAAGCGCGCCCUCACCCUCCUCACCCACUCGCGCUCGCCCUCCAAGAGCUCCUCCUCCACCUCCAGCGACAUCCAGCCGUUUGUGAAUGGCAACUCCGAGAAGAAGCGGGCCUCCUACGACGACACCAACGCAGGUCCCACUGCAGCCCAGAGGCAGCAGUGGGCAGACGGCAGGCAACGCCGGCCCUCGUUCACCGAGCAGAAGCAGGAGCGCCGGCAAGAACGCGAGGCCAUGGAGCAUGAAGAGGCCCGCGAACGCCGCGCGCGCCUAAACAAAGCUCACGCCCAGGACCCUUGCCGAGACAACUGGGGCGACCUUCCCUUGACCAUGUCUCAAGAGAAGUCAGAGCGUCGUCUAGAUCGCAUCCACGACAUCGGCAAGAAUGAAGGAGACUCCGUCCUGAUCCGCGCCCGCGUUCAUCAUAUUCGCCCCCUCAGUGCUCACAUCGUCUUCAUCAUCCUCCGCCAUCAGUUCACAACCAUCCAGGGCGUGCUGAGUGAGGAGGAGGGCCACGUGUCUCCAGCCAUGGUCCGCUGGGCGGAGGGCCUGUCUCGCGAGACGAUUGUCAUGGUCGAGGGUACCCUUCAGCGUCCGCCUGCCGAUCAGCAAGAGGUGCACAGCACCUCGGUGCACCAGUUCGAGAUCAAGAUUCGCAAGCUCCAUGUUUUGUCCGCACCUACGGAGCUUCUGCCUUUCCAAGUUGAAGAUGUGUCCAGGCCGAAGGAGUGUUACGAGCGAGAGGACGCCAACUUCGUGCGCGUUGGCGAGCGCACGCGUCUGGACAACCGCGUGGUGGAUUUGCGAUCUCCUUCUUCGUAUUCAAUCUUCCGCAUACAAUCAGGCGUCGUCGACCUUUUCCGCUCCUUCCUCACGGAGCAGAGCUUCACCGAAAUCCACUCCGCCAAACUUCAAGGCUCUGCCACGGAGUCCGGGCGGCCGCGUCCCGCGUACCUCGCUCAAAGUCCGCAGCUCGCGAAGCAGAUGUGCAUAGCUGCUGACAUGGAGCGCGUCUUCGAGAUCGGUCCUGUGUUCCGGGCGGAGAACUCGAAUACCCACAGACACCUCACAGAGUUCACUGGCCUCGAUCUGGAGAUGGCCAUCGACAGUCAUUAUCACGAGGUCAUGGACACCCUCGAUAAUCUGUUCAAGUUCAUAUUCAAGGGCCUGCAGACUCAGUUUCGGCACGAGAUCGAGACCGUCAAGAAGUUCUAUCCUAGCGAAGACGUGGGUAUUCGCAUGCUGAACGAGUCGGGAUGGGUGGGGGAGGAUGGCAGUCAGCUCCUCGAGACUGAAGACCUCAGCACACGUGCAGAGCAGCGACUUGGUCAGCUCGUCAAGGAGAAGUAUGGCGCGGACUUCUACAUCAUCGACAAGUUCCCGCUUGAAGUUCGCCCCUUCUACACCAUGCCCGACGCCCGGGACGACCGUUGGUCGAACUCGUUCGACUUCUUCCUGCGCGGCGAGGAGAUACUCUCAGGCGGUCAGCGCAUCCACUCCGCGCCGUUCCUCGAACAGCGUAUGAAGGAGAACGGAAUUGACCCGGAGCAGAUGAAGGACUACGUCGACGGUUUUCGAUGGGGUUGCCCACCGCACGGUGGAGGAGGUGUUGGUCUGGAGCGUGUUGUCAUGCUUUUCCUCCAGCUUGGAAACAUCCGCUGGGCAAGCCUUUUCCCCCGUGAUCCUCGCAGUUUCGUCAUUCAUGGGCAAGACCCCUCGGAGGCUGCUUUGGUUGCCGCCAACUCCCUUAUUCUCCAUGGUCCCGAGUCCACCACGUUCCAACCCGGAAAGCGCAAGGGAGAACUGCCGCCUUUGGAGAACCUUAUUGCCAAGUACGGCGACGCUACGAACACGAGCUGGGUGGACGCAGCCUGGACCGUCUGGCGCGACAAGAUUACUGGCGCUGCGGUUGGCUACAUACCUCAAAACAAUUUCGCGGUCACUUUUGGAAACCCCCUAUGCCACACAGACCAGAUUCCACGCGUCAUCAAGGCAUACCUCUCCCACCUCGAGGAGCUCAAGCUCAAGCCGGUGUGGUGUUGCGUGGAUAGGACGACGGAGCGCUACCUCGCCGAGGAGCUUGGUUGGGGUGCGGUCACCGCCGUCGCCGAGGAGCGCCUCAACCCCACGGAGAUCGACCCGGCCGAGAACGACAAGACGGUGCGGCGAAAGAUUCACCGCGCCGAGCGCGAGGGCGUCAAGGUCGUCGAGGUCGGCGAGAUGGACAAUCACACACGCGAGAUGAUCGAGCGCCGCUGCGAGGACUGGGUCGCCAACCGCAAGGGCACACAGAUCCACCUGACGGGCGUGCGACCGUUCGACGACAUUCAACACCGCCGCUACUUUUACGCCACGGACAAGGAGGGUGUGCCCUGCGCAUUGGUCGUGCUUGCGCAGCUCGCGCCCAAGCACGGCUUCCAGAUCAAGUGGGCCCUCGAGUUCCCGGGUGCGCCGCUCGGUGCGAUCGAGUACAUCCUCGCGCACGUCAUCAAGCUGCUCGGGGACGCAGGCGUGAAGAGCGCGACGUUCGGCGCGGGCGCAACGGGCAAGUUCCACGCGGUGGAGAACGUGCGCGGCCUCAGGGUCCGUGCGCUGGAGAAGGCGUACAACGGCCUGAGCUCGACCUUCCACCUCACGAACAAGGGCGACUUCAGAAGCAAGUUCGGGACGUGGCACGACCCGCUCUACAUCUGCUAUCCGAAGGGUGGCCUGGGCAUGAAGGGCAUCGAGGCGAUCAUGGCGAUGCUCCAGAGCCCCAAGUAG